GGCGGUCGAACGGCCGGUUCCGGCUGAAUGUCAGUGCUGGGCUGUGGGUCGGGGAGGAAGGUGGUUGGCGAUCUCAGUAUCACCUCCACGGUUGCCUCUGCUUGUGCUGCCGCUGUGAUCGCUGGGCCGCUCGGCCGGUGAAGCAUGAAACCGUGAGGCGAGCGACGGGCCGGGGCCGCCGACAUGUUUGGCCGCUCGCGGAGCUGGGUGGGCGGGGGCCAUGGCAAGUCCUCCCGUAACAUCCACUCCUUGGACCACCUCAAGUAUUUGUAUCACGUCUUGACCAAAAACACCACAGUCACAGAACAGAAUCGGAACCUGCUGGUAGAGACCAUUCGUUCCAUCACUGAGAUCCUGAUUUGGGGAGAUCAAAAUGAUAGUUCUGUAUUCGACUUCUUCCUGGAGAAGAACAUGUUUGUCUUCUUCUUGAACAUCCUGCGGCAGAAAUCAGGCCGCUAUGUGUGUGUUCAGCUGCUGCAGACCUUGAAUAUCCUCUUUGAGAAUAUCAGCCACGAGACCUCACUUUAUUAUUUGCUGUCUAACAACUAUGUAAAUUCCAUCAUUGUGCAUAAAUUUGACUUUUCUGAUGAGGAGAUUAUGGCAUAUUAUAUAUCGUUCCUGAAAACUCUUUCGUUAAAGCUCAACAACCACACUGUCCAUUUCUUUUACAAUGAGCACACCAAUGACUUUGCCCUGUACACAGAAGCCAUUAAAUUUUUCAAUCACCCUGAAAGCAUGGUUAGAAUUGCUGUAAGAACCAUAACUCUGAAUGUCUACAAAGUGGACAACCAGGCCAUGCUGCAUUAUAUCAGAGAUAAAACUGCCGUCCCUUACUUCUCCAAUUUGGUCUGGUUCAUUGGGAGCCAUGUGAUUGAACUUGACACCUGUGUGCAGACUGAUGAGGAGCAUCGGAAUCGGGGGAAACUGAGUGACCUAGUAGCUGAGCACCUAGACCACCUACACUAUCUUAAUGACAUCCUGAUCAUCAACUGUGAGUUCCUCAAUGAUGUGCUCACAGACCAUUUACUCAACAGGCUCUUCCUGCCGCUCUAUGUGUACUCCCUGGAGAACCCAGACAAGGGAGGAGAACGACCGAAAAUCAGCCUGCCAGUGUCACUCUAUCUUCUGUCCCAGGUCUUCCUCAUUAUCCAUCAUGCCCCACUGGUGAACUCAUUAGCUGAAGUCAUUCUGAACGGCGAUCUGUCUGAGAUGUACGCUAAGACUGAACAGGAUGUUCAAAGGAGUUCUGCCAAACCUAGCAUUCGGUGCUUCAUUAAACCCACCGAGACGCUUGAGCGGUCUCUUGAGAUGAACAAGCACAAGGGCAAGAGGAGAGUGCAAAAGAGACCCAACUACAAAAACGUUGGGGAGGAAGAAGAUGAGGAGAAAGGGCCUGCCGAGGAUGCCCAGGAAGACGCCGAGAAGGCUAAAGGUACAGAGGGUGGUUCAAAAGGCGUGAAGACGAGUGGGGAGAGUGAAGAGAUUGAGAUGGUGAUCAUGGAGCGCAGCAAGCUCUCAGAGUUGGCCGCCAACACCUCUGUGCAGGAACAGAACACUACGGAUGAGGAGAAGAGUGCCGCUGCCACAUGCUCUGAGAACCUGCAGUGGAGCAGACCCUUUCUGGAUAUGGUGUACCAUGCUCUGAACAGCCCGGACGAUGAUUACCAUGCCCUCUUUGUGCUCUGCCUCCUGUAUGCCAUGUCUCAUAACAAAGGCAUGGAUCCUGAAAAACUAGAGCGAAUCCAACUGCCAGUGCCAAAUGUGGCCGAGAAGACCACCUACAACCAUCUACUGGCUGAAAGACUCAUCAGGAUCAUGAACAAUGCUGCCCAGCCAGAUGGGAAGAUCCGACUGGCCACGCUGGAGCUGAGCUGCCUGCUCCUGAAGCAGCAAGUCCUGACCAGCUCUGGCUGUAUCAUAAAGGACGUGCACCUGGCCUGUCUGGAGGGCGCAAGAGAAGAGAGUGUCCACCUUGUGCGGCAUUUCUAUAAGGGGGAAGAAAUUUUUUUAGAUAUGUUUGAAGAUGAGUACAGGAGCAUGACAAUGAAGCCCAUGAAUGUGGAAUAUCUCAUGAUGGACGCCUCCAUCCUGCUGCCUCCAACAGGCACACCCCUGACAGGCAUUGACUUUGUGAAGCGGCUGCCAUGUGGCGAUGUGGAGAAGACCCGGCGGGCCAUCCGUGUGUUCUUCAUGCUACGUUCCCUGUCACUGCAGCUGCAAGGGGAGCCCGAGACCCAGCUGCCAUUGACUCGGGAGGAAGACCUGAUCAAAACCGAUGACGUCCUAGACCUGAAUAACAGUGACCUGAUUGCAUGCACAGUGAUCACCAAGGAUGGUGGCAUGGUCCAGCGAUUCCUGGCUGUUGAUAUUUACCAGAUGAGUCUGGUAGAACCUGAUGUGUCCCGGCUUGGCUGGGGAGUAGUCAAGUUUGCAGGCCUUCUCCAGGACAUGCAGGUGACUGGUGUGGAGGACGACAGCCGUGCCCUGAACAUCACCAUCCACAAACCUGCGUCCAGCCCCCAUUCCAAGCCCUUCCCCAUUCUCCAGGCCACCUUCGUCUUCUCAGACCACAUCCGCUGCAUCAUCGCCAAGCAGCGCCUGGCCAAGGGCCGCAUCCAGGCCAGGCGCAUGAAGAUGCAGAGGAUAGCUGCACUUCUGGACCUCCCAAUCCAGCCAACAACUGAAGUCCUGGGAUUUGGACUCGGCACUUCCGCUUCCACCCAGCACCUGCCUUUCCGCUUCUAUGAUCAGGGCCGCCGAGGCAGCAGUGACCCCACAGUGCAGCGCUCUGUGUUCGCAUCUGUGGACAAGGUGCCAGGCUUUGCCGUGGCCCAGUGUAUAAACCAGCAUAGUUCACCCUGCCUGCCGUCACCAUCACCACCUUCUGCCAGCGGGAGCCCCAGCGGCAGCGGGACCACUAGCCACUGCGACUCAGGGGGCUCAUCUUCCACGCCCUCUGCAGCCCAGAGCCCAGCAGAUGCCCCCACAACUGCAGAACAGCCUCGGCCUCACAUUCCUGACCAGUUAGAGAUUGUCAAUGAAAUGGAAGCAGAAGCCAGGCCCAGCAAGAACUCAGCCAGAGGCGCAGAGGUGGAGACAGCACACUUGUCCCCCAGCCUCCUCCCCGCGCAGCAGCCCACCAUCUCCUUGCUCUAUGAGGACACUGCUGAUACGCUGAGCGUCGAGUCACUGACCCUGGUCCCUCCGGUCGAUCCCCACAGCCUCCGCACCCUCACUGGCCACCCCCAGCCUCCCACACCAGCCACAGCAUGCCCAGAGACCCUGGACGAGGAGGCUGCCUGUGCGGAGCCUGCAGGCCCCACCGAGCACUGAGUGGGCACCGGGCCUCCCCUUGUGCAUGCGGCCCGCUGGUAGGGACCCAGUGCAGUUGAUGGCAAGACAAACCAGGAGCACCUACACUUCUCUGUGGCCCCAGAAACCAUCGUGGAUACCUGUCCCCAUGCUCCUGAGCAUCAGAAAGACGACUGUGUUCCAUUUGAAUCCUCUUUCACUUUUACCUCUUUAAGAACAGUCUGGGGCCCAUAGGAACAGCCCAGUGCAUGCAGAUGACAUCCAUGGCUGCCUCAGGGAGGAGCUGAAGGAGUCCAGCAGCCCAGGUGGCAGGACCCACCAGCACCCGCCUCCUUUCCUUCAGGCAGUUCCUGUCACUGUGUGCACAGAAUUGGACAAGGUCACUUUGGGUAGCAAAUUGUAGAAAAGCAAACUUAGAUCAGUAUCUCUUUUGGCUAUUUAUUUCUGAUUUGGGCAGCUGAUAAAAAGCAUUUAUUUAAAAAGCAUCUAUUUGGAGGAAAAAAAAACCCUCAACCCCAAGGUUUGACGUCAUGUGUAAUGAUACUGUUGGUUUCAUUUUCGUUUUCCCUUGAAUUUGUCAAUGUUUGUCUUAGAGUUCUUGGUGUCGCUUUCUCUGUUUUCUUAAAUGACUCUUAUUUCUCUGUUACUAACUCUGCAAACCUGUGGAAUGAUAACUCACCUUCCUGACAAGUUUAGAUUCCUUUGAAACAGCGGAGGAGAUACACAUGCUCUCAGGUCACGUGGAGUGCAAGCACCGGAAGCUGCUCCACUCUUGCUUUACUUAACGAGGUCUGAAUGUUACAGUGUGCCGUGCCCUGCUCAGUGCUCACACCACACAGAUGCAUCCGGCUUACCUGCACAAUACCAUCUCUGUUUAUCUGAGAAGCCACUGGGGACCAUGCGGACUCCAGACCCAGAGACAAGGAGAGAAGGUGCCAGAAGGCAUCCUCGGUAUCUCCCCUGCAGGCCUGUACACCCCAAGAGCAUCCUGGCUUUAAGGAAGGCACCAGAGCACAGAGCAUGGCCCUCUUUCCUCUCUUCCCUUGGUCUUCACUCUUUGCCAUACUCUGCAGGUGACUCAGACAGAUCCCACCCAGCUCCAAGAUGUUCGUUUUACCUCUGGCCAAACCCACUGAGUGACCCCUCCCCUCUGAGAUACAGGAGACCCUGUACAGCAUCCUUGCAGAUGUGCCUACCACAAAUACCCACACAGUGCCAGUGGCCAGCAAACCUGGCUAUUUGGCCUCAGGAGACAUGCCGUGAUCUGGCCAUCCACCUGUUAGAGGAACUUGCUCCUCACCAGCCCUGCUCAGCCAGCUUCCCACCAGGAGCUGCGUGGUACUGUGGGAACAGGUCUGUCCAGUCAGGCGGGAAGAGAGACAUGCUCCCUGGGGAGAAACCUGUGUCAGCCAGGCGGAGACCAUGUGUUCUGACCCGCCUGUUAGAGGGAAGCAGGUGCACAUGGAGCAGAAGCCCCAGAGCCCUGCCCUGGUUUUGGAAUGACCUUUGGCACAGCAGAGAUGAGACAAGGCAGUGACUGUCCUGCCCAGCUGUGUGACUGGGAGAAUCAAGACCUGUGCAGGUGAGCCAGCCUUCUCGGGUCUACCAACUGCUGCCUGGAAUCAGUGGCUCCAGCUAGCCCGUGUGGUAGAGGUGGGAGCUGGCCCUUUGGGCUCUGAUAAAGGACCCCUCUUACCCAGGUCUUGACCAUCUUGGCGAUAACGCACACAGGCAUGUGUUCAGGAGCCAUCCCCCCAAACCUAACAACUGGGGCCCUCCCACACCUGCCAAUCCAGACAGACCUAGGCAGGACCAGCACUCUGGGAAAGCCUAUUGCUGGAGCCACAGCUCCUACCCAGGUACUGGACAGGUAUCUGGGGUCAGCCCUCAAACACCUACCCAUCCACCAUCUUCAAGUCCUACAGAGAACACUGCAGCCUUCCAGGUCACUUUCCCCAAGUCCACCCUUAGGCCCUUUGGGCUUGCUUAGCAGCAUUGGCCACCAAAUCCUCAAAACCCUCUGCUUUGAAAGUUGCACAUCCCUUUCUGGUUGGAGGUUUGGGCACCAAGAGCACCCCAGGAAGGUAAACAGGAAAAAGUGAGCUCCUUCAGACAAGUGAGGGCAGCCACAGUGCCAGAGAAGGACUAGGAGCAGGCCCCUGUGCCAUGCUGUCCUGUCUGUCUGCUCUCUGUGUCACCACCACCAUCCAGAUGACUGCAUUCCAGGCAUGGGUGACAGAAACACCUCCUAAAGACAGGCAUUGAGUUUCUGUGUGGCUUCCAAGAUGCACUGUUUUUAAAAAGGCACUGGUGAACCAAUUCUGAUCUUUUCUAGAUGCAAUAAAUAUGAAACAUAUAAUGUAGUGAUGUUACUUUCGGGCAUAACCUGUAAGGUUGUCUUCUGUUCCUGUGAGCUGAAAAUAUGUAAAUAGUUCUUGUCCCAGCGAGGAGCGGGGGUUGGGAAAUCUCGGCGCUUCUGGCCAUUCUAGGGAAGUACCUGCUUUUGUCCUCGUGACUCAUGCUUCGUGGGUGCUGAGCACGAGGGCGGAAAUAAAACUGGAAACUUCCUUGUAAAUUUAAUUUGACAAUAAAAGAGGAAAAACCUUACCAAGAA